CGAUCGCCAUCAUCUCAUCAUCAGUUCAUCACCAACAAACAAAAGAGGAAAAAAAACAUAUACACUUCUAGUGAUUGUCUGAUUGAUCAUCAAUGGCUAGCAAGGUCGUCUUCUUCGCGGCGGCGCUCAUGGCGGCCAUGGUGGCCAUCUCCGGCGCGCAGCUGAGCGAGUCGGAGAUGAGGUUCAGGGACAGGCAGUGCCAGCGGGAGGUGCAGGACAGCCCGCUGGACGCGUGCCGGCAGGUGCUCGACCGGCAGCUCACCGGCCGGGAGAGGUUCCAGCCGAUGUUCCGCCGCCCGGGCGCGCUCGGCCUGCGGAUGCAGUGCUGCCAGCAGCUGCAGGACGUGAGCCGCGAGUGCCGCUGCGCCGCCAUCCGCCGGAUGGUGAGGAGCUACGAGGAGAGCAUGCCGAUGCCCCUGGAGCAAGGCUGGUCGUCGUCGUCGUCGGAGUACUACGGCGGCGAGGGGUCGUCGUCGGAGCAGGGGUACUACGGCGAGGGGUCGUCGGAGGAGGGCUACUACGGCGAGCAGCAGCAGCAGCCGGGGAUGACCCGCGUGAGGCUGACCAGGGCGAGGCAGUACGCGGCGCAGCUGCCGUCGAUGUGCCGGGUUGAGCCCCAGCAGUGCAGCAUCUUCGCCGCCGGCCAGUACUAGGCUUAGCUGGCUUGCCUCAUAGCUAGUAGGAUCACACCGUUGCUGUGUUGCAUGCAACGAGAUAGUGAUCAAAACAAAUAAUGAAUAAUGAAAUGUUUUGAAAACAAAAUAGCUGGUGAUAAAGUACUAUAUAUGAUUUUGUGCGUUCUGGACAA